ACUACGUUCUAUAAUAGUUAGUAAGUUUAAUUUAUCAUCAAUCGAAGAUAUUUUUAUAUUGGCCAUCAAUGAAGUUUAUGUAACUAGUAAUUCAGAAAUUAUUCUAAGAAAUAAUGACGUUGUAGCAAUUAUCCCACCGAUUAGUGGAGGCUGAAAAAUGAAUAAUCUAAAAAUUACAGAAGAUAUCUUGGAUAUAACUGCAAUUAUUAACUCGGUUAGUUCAAAGGAAUGUGGUGCCAUUUCGAUUUUUAUUGGAACAACUAGAGACAAUUGUCUUGGUAAAAAAGUAAAAAAGUUAUAUUAUGAAGCAUACGAAUCAAUGGCAUUGAAUCAAAUGAAAUCUAUAAUAGGUACUACAAAAGAAAAAUGGCCAGAGAUUGCUAAUAUAGCUAUUCAUCACAGGUGUGGUGAAGUUAAAGUUGGUGAAGUGGGACUGGUAAUAGCUGUUUCGUCUCCACACAGUAAAGAAUCACAUGAUGUUGUGGCUUUUAUCUUAAAUAAAAUCAAAACUAUAGUACCUAUAUUCAAAAAAGAAUUUUAUGAAGAAGGAGGUAAUCAAUGGAAAUCGAAUGAUAAUUGCUCUUGGUAAACUUCAUAAUGAAAUUGGAUAUAAUUAAAUUAUAAUCAUUCAUAUCAUUUAUCUUAUUGUAAUGGCAUAGUAAAAAAUAAAUCAAAAUAGAUUAACAACAAAA